AAAAUGGCUGAAGGAAACUUCACUUCUGUGUCAGAGUUCCUUAUUUUGGGAUUAACUGAUGAUCCCAUUCUUCGUCUCAUCUUCUUUUUGAUCUUUCUCCUGGUUUAUUCUGUCACUAUAAUGGGCAAUCUCUGUAUUAUCAUGUUAAUCAGAGUCAGUUCCCAACUUCACACUCCAAUGUAUCUUUUUCUGAGCCACUUGGCUUUCAUUGACAUUUGGUACUCGACUAGUGUCACACCAGAGAUGCUCAAGGGCUUCCUAGUGGGGAGAGAUACAAUAUCCUAUGCUGGCUGUGCUGCUCAACUGUGCUCUGCUUUUGCUUUUGGGACUUCAGAGGGCAUCUUACUGGCCAUGAUGGCAUAUGACCGAUAUGUGGCCAUCUGCAAUCCCCUGUUCUAUGCGAUCUCUAUGUCCAAUAGGGUCUGUGUCCAGCUCAUAACUGUUUCCUAUGUAGGGGGUUGCUUAAAUGCUCUGGUAUUUACCACUUUUGUUUUCAAUUUAGUCUUCUGUGGACCUGAUGAAAUUGAUCAUUUUUUCUGUGAUUUCCCACCAUUAAUGGAAAUUUCCUGUUCUGAUAUUCACCUCAUUCAAACUCUUUCUUCCAUCUCUGCUGCCAUCAUAAUAUUAAGCACUGUCCCCACCAUAAUCAUCUCUUAUGUAUACAUCCUCUGUGCCAUCAUGAGGAUCCAGGCAAGCGACGGGAGACAGAAAGCUUUCUCUACCUGCGCCUCCCACCUGACUGCCGUUAUUCUAUACUACGGAACCAUCACCUUCACUUAUGUGCAGCCCAGCUCCAGCCGCUCCUUGGAGCAGAAUAAAAUUGUUUCUCUGUUCUACACAGUGGUGAUCCCCAUGCUGAACCCCCUAAUCUAUACACUGAGGAACAAGGAUGUGAAGAGGGCCCUGAUGAAGAUAAUGGGCAAGAAUGCUAGUUCUUGGUAA